AUGGAGAAGAGGGCCUCUCGAGCCUGCACAGCAUGUCGGCUACGCAAAGUCAAGUGCAACGGCCAGCAGCCUUGCGCGCAGUGUGAUCACCUCAAUGUCGCUUGCGCAUACUCAACCCCCACCGAGAGGCAUGGCCGGCGUGUACGCGGGCGCCUGAUCUCGCAGCUGAGGGUCGGCGUGAGUGCGACCCCGCCUGCUGCUUCUGCUGCUCCUCCACUGGCCCUCCCAUUUUCUUCCCUUCCAUUGGAUGAGGUCUACUUCACGGGCCUCAUCCCGUCCUACGAGAGGUUCGCAUAUCCUGUCAACCCCAUCAUGACAAGUGCCGAGAUCCUUGAGUCCAUCCACCUUAUGCGUGAAGAUCGGACACAUGCCGCCUUCGUGUACGCCUUUGCUGCCGUCACCGUCAACCUGACUGAGGUGUCAUGGACGCUGCAUGGCGACGUCUCGGCUCGCAUGCAGGACCUAGGUGCCCGCAGCCUCGCAGCGAUGCACGAAGAACCCCCUAUUGGAAUCAGCUCCGCGCCCACGACCUCUGUACGCCGUAUCAUGACCUGCGUCUUCCUCGAAAUGUGCGCCAUGGCCUGCAAGCAACACGAACGGGCAUCCCUGCUCCUACAAGAAGCCAUAUCGUGCAUCCACCUGCUCCGCAUCGACAGACUCAAACCAGAGCUCAAUGCAGCGCCCACGUCUCCCUCCUCUCCCGGCGGCGAGGUCGCUCGGCCAGAGCUAGCGCGCCUCCAGCGUAUGUAUUGGGAGGCCUUUGUGCACGAGCGCUUCCUUACCGUCGUCAGCGGCUACCCGUCGACUAUGCCGCCCCUGCGCACGGGAUUGCCCUAUGCCGAUCCGACCAUCCCGGCUCACAUCCACGUGGGCUUCACCCGUAUUAUCCGCCUCUUCACCAUACUGGACGACGAGUUCCUCUCGUACUGGACGAGCCAGGACCUCCCUGAAGGUGAGCGGCCCCCGAUGGCCGCACAGUACAUCGAGCGCAAGCAUACCCAGCUGGACGAUGACGAGACAGACGCCGCCACCGACCACGCGGGCGAGGCGUGCGGUUUGACGGAGCUGCAGCGUGCAGACCUGUUUGUGACGCGCAUGUGGCAGCGGGUGCUGGUCUGGCAGCUUGGCAUGUCUAGGUGCCUGCUCUCGAGCGUGCCGCCCGCCUCGUCACAUGAGGCCAUGUCUCUGGUCUUUCCCGCCCGCCGGCUCGGCGCUCAGCUUCGGUCACUCGUCACCCAGCUCGACCCAAUCACCUCCAUUGGCAUGCAUGGCACCGGCAUCCUGCAGAAGCUCUUCGAGAUCACAAACACCAUCGCUGAUGUACUAGCCCUGGUCCCAGAUGCCACCCACCCCGGCAGCGGCCAGACUGUCGACGACUUCAUUUUCCUCGCCCGACUCCUCUUCUCAUUUGACCGCAUCGAUAAGGUCCAGAAGGAUAUCUUGAGGAUGAAGAUCCAGAGUAUGGGCGAUACCUUCUCGAGUAUUCACAUCGAGGGUAUGUAG